GGUUGCUGCUACUGAUCCAGAUGAUGGUAUAAACGGACAGAUAAGCUUUACCUUAGCUGGUGGCAAUGAUGAUGGAUACUUUGAUUUGGAUACAUCCACAGGACAAAUCAGUUUAAAAACAGUAAUCCUAUUAGGAGUCAAUGAGUCUAAGGAGUUUGUCUUGUGGAUAACAGCUACUGAUGGUGGGGUAAUUCCGAGAAGUUCAUCAGUGCCAGUACACAUCGCUGCAGUUGGAGAUUCCAAACCCCAGUUUAUUCCAAAAAUGUAUAAUGCAUCUGUGGAAGAAGAGAUAGUCAGUCCUGUUGAAGUAACAAGAGUGGAAUAUGAAUCUCUAAAUCCUCAUAUACCAGUUACACUGAAAGUACUGACAGAAUCAGCUACAUUUGAUGUCGAUGUCAAUGGUGUCAUCUGGACAAAAACUAAACUGGACUAUGAAUCCCAGAAUAAUUACACACUAAAUGUUUCCUUGUCAGAUGGAAGUACUACUGACUAUGCUACCGUGUUCAUCAAAGUUACAGAUGUCAAUGAUAACCAUCCUGUGUUUGGUGUAAUCAACGCUACCAUUAAUAUUCCGGAGAACAUGCCUGCUGGAACUUCUGUCAUCACAGUGUUGGCUACUGAUGUAGACAGUGGUUUUAAUGGAUUAGUGACUUAUGCUCUGAGAGGUACAGAGGAAAAAAUGGAUAUUGACUCUUCAGGAUUAAUUUUGCUGAAAAAGGAAUUGGACAGAGAAAUACAAGACUUCUAUAAUUUAACAGUGAUUGCCAGUGACCAAGGCCAACCCAUGCUUUCUACAGCUCUCAAUUUAAGAGUCAUCAUUGAUGAUGUGAAUGAUAACCAUCCAGUCUUCUCAUCAAGUAGAUAUGAAGUGAGUGUCCCUGAAGACAAAGCACAUGGAAGUGAACUACUGACAGUAUCUGCUACAGAUUUGGAUGCUGGGGCCAAUGCUCUCGUGACGUACAGAAUUGUUAACCAGCAGCCUUCAACCUCCUCGCCAAUGUUUCUUGUCAAUUCGACCACAGGCCAGCUCUUCCUGAGCCAGCAGCUGGAUUAUGAAACCACAAAGCGAUUUGAUGUAGAAGUGGAGGCAUCAGAUGGAGGGCAGCCAAGUCUCAGCACCAAGACACUUGUUGUUGUCCACAUACUAGAUGUCAAUGAUAACCCACCAAAAUUUGAUCAGGCAGCAUAUGAUAUAUUUGUGCUUGAAAACAUACAAAAGGGCAGCCCUAUCUACUCAUUCAGUGUUACUGAUGAGGACGAGGCUGGCUUUUCUCAGGGAUACUUUAUUCAUAACAGUACUUUGUUUACUGUGGAUUUCCCCGGAAUACUUUCAUUAAGGAAUGACACAGAGCUGGACAGGGAGACUACAUCUGGAUUCACUUUGCAAGUGUGGGCAGUUGAUGAAGUGAAUGGACUUAGUUCAAGUGCUUUGUUCCACAUCACAGUUCUGGAUGUCAAUGAUAAUAACCCUGAGUUUCAGAGGCAGCCAUACCGUUUUGCAGUUCUGGAGGGAGAUCACAGGUUGGCUGCUCCUGCUGUAGUUGGACAUGUAACUGCUACUGAUUUGGAUGAGGGAGAGAAUGCACGAAUUACUUAUUACUUAUCAGCUGAGGAUGGGGAUAAUCCAUAUAGCAUCCAACAGAAUGGAACUAUUUUGGCUAGUGGCUAUGUAGACCGAGAAACCAAAGAGAAGUACGAGCUGCUGUUGGUGGCAUCUGACAACGGAAUUCCUCAAAGGCAGAAUUUCACAUACGUCAGCAUUCAAGUAUUAGAUGUGAAUGAUAACUCUCCUCAGUUCACAAAGGCGCAAUACUCAGCCAGUGUACGUGUAGCAACAGCAAAAGAAGGAGCGUCUGUACUAUCAGUGUCUGCUACUGACCUUGACAUUGGGAACAAUUCUAUCGUUUCAUACAGCCUGAUGAACCAUUCUGAUGAUUUCCAUAUAAAUAACCAUACUGGAGAAAUCAUCCUCAGCAGUAACUUGACCCAUAUCACAGCUGACACGGUUGUUACGCUAAUAGUUAUUGCUGCUGAUCAUGGAGUUCCUCAGCUUACAUCAAAUGUUUCUGUCACUCUCUACUUGCUGGUAAAUGACACUGGCUUCGGGCUGACUUUUGAAAGCUCCACCUAUGAGUUCAGCAUUCCAGAAGAGGAACCAGUUAGGACUGCUGUUGGCUCUGUGAAAGCUCUGACUGGAAGCAUAGCCAUACAAGUAGCAUACUCUCUGAAAUCACAUACUGACAAGUUCUCUGUUAAUGACCAAGGAGACAUUGUGACUCUUGCCAGGCUAGAUCGAGAAGAUGAUGACCUAUAUAACAUCCUUGUAGAAGCUGUUGAUUCUGUGGUGCCACCCAAUACAGCUGUUGCUUUGGUAACAGUGAGAAUAAAUGACAUCAAUGACAAUCCUCCAGUUUUCUCAACACUGAUUCAAACAAAACUAUCUUUUCCUGAGAAUGCAAAUAGUCUAGAUUUGGGCACAUUUUAUGCUACUGAUAUGGAUAUAGGAGAUAAUGCACUGAUAAGCUAUUCUUUACAAGAUGAUUUUGCUGGAGUGUUCCAUAUUGACAGUUCCACGGGCAAGCUGAUGACAACAAAAUCCUUAGACAGAGAAAUGACGGACACUUAUGAACUGAAAAUAAAUGCCGCUGACUCUGGCAGACCACCACUAUCUGAAAGUUUAGUUCUAAGCAUCACCGUAGAAGACGAGAAUGACAACCCACCUGUGUUCCCCCAGAAGUCAUACUCUGUGACUGUAAAAGAGAACGAGCCUCCACAUGUGAUUUUGAAUGCAACAGCCACAGAUAAGGACAUAGGGUACAAUGCCAUUAUUCAUUACACCAUAACUGGAGAGACUUCAUUUUAUGUCGGAGAACUUUCUGGAGCUAUUACAACUCUUCAGCCUUUGGACUAUGAAAGCCAUGCCCAGUAUACAUUUAUUCUGAAAGCUUUCAAUCCUGGAGAGCCAUACCUUCAAGACACAGCAAACAUUACAGUUAUCGUGGAAGAUGUUAAUGAAGAAGGACCUGUAUUUGAAAAGCCCUCAUAUUUCCAGAUCCUCCCAGACAAUUCUACAGCUGGCACACUGAUAGUAGAUAUCAAUGCAAGAGAUGAAAACAAAGGUUAUGAUGAAGGCAUUUUCUACAAUAUUACAGAUGGAAACUCAGAAGGCCUCUUUAGUCUUUCCAGUACCACAGGAGAGCUCACAUUAACAAGAGACUUACACAGCCAGGCUGUUCUCCUGUAUUACUCCUUGACAAUCACUGCAACAGAUUCAGGUCUGCCACCGCUUUCAACUUCUGUAAAGGUGUCAGUAACUGUAGCUCCCAUCGACAUUUCAUUCCCAGUGUUCUCUGAAGCAGUCUAUCAGCCUACACCUCUGAGUGAGAAGAUACUGCCAGAUUCAUUUGUUGUACAGAUCAGCGUGUUGUAUAAUGUCCCCGUGAUAUACAGCAUCGUGUCUGGAAAUGAAAAGGGGUAUUUCGUUAUUGAUUCAUCCACUGGGAUCAUAAGAACAGAAAAGAAAUUGACAGUGGAAGAUUUCCCAGUUAUUUUAAAUGUGAGAGCAACAGAUUCGUCCAACACCAGCAUAUUCAAUGAAGUUUCUGUGCAUGUGGAUGUCAUUGAUGAAAAUGAUUUCCCUCCAGUUUUCCCAUCCUCUCUGCUAGAACAAAGACUGGAAGAGAAUUUACCUGCUACUGAGAUUGUCCAGCUGAAAGCUCAGGAUAAUGAUACAGGUAGAAAUGGUUUACUAACAUAUGGCAUUCUCAGUGGAGACACACUAAAAUUCCGGAUAGAUGAAGCAACUGGAAUUCUUUAUUCCACUGCCUCCUUUGAUUAUGAAGAGGAACCUACAGAGUAUCAGGUUGUGAUAUAUGCUGAAGAUGAUGGAAUCCCUGAGAAGAAAAGGGGUUACUGCACAGUUGUCAUAAAGAUCAUUGAUGUUAAUGACUGGCCACCUGUGUUUGACCUGGUGACUCCAUUCAGUGUUAAUGAAAAUGUGGCUGUGGGAUUCAUAGUUGGAAAAGUCACAGCAACCGACAGAGACACAGGAGACAAUGCCUUUAUUCUUUAUAGCCUUACAGAUGGUGGAGGAAAUAUAUUUGAAAUAGAUGAAAUACUUGGGAACAUUAAGAUAAAGAAUUCUCCAGACUACGAAACCAUGAAUAAGUACAGCCUGACAGUGAAUGCAGUCAACAACAAAUCUGCCCCUUUCUAUCAGGCAACCGCCACUGUCACUGUUCUAGUGAUUGAUGUGAAUGAUAAUGCUCCAGUGUUUGAUCAGAAUUCCUAUUCCACUUCUAUAAACAUGAUUAAUCCUGUAGGUGCUCACAUCAUAACUGUGCAAGCUUCCGACAAAGAUCAGGGGCAAAAUGGCCUUAUCGAAUACUACAUCCUCCCAGAUAUAAGCUUCAGCGCAUUCUUCCUGAUAGAAGAUAGGAGCAAGGGGAAAAUAAUAACAACUGGAAACCUGCCUAGUUCUGAAGAAAUCCGGUUAACAGUGAUGGCUGAGGAUAAAGGCUCUCCAUCUUUAAACAGCACUGCUGUGAUUACUCUUAAUGUGUUCGACAACCGUCCAUUUGUUCCUCAGUUUAAUGAGAGCCAAUUCAGCAUUUCAGUGUUGGAAAACACGGGAGUGGAUCAUUUAAUUUACACUUUUGUUGUGGCUGAAACUUUAGGAAAACCGAUUAUUUAUACAGUUGUAUCUGGCAAUGAAAAAGGUCAUUUUAGGUUGGAUCCAGAAAGUGGUGAGCUGAAAACGGGAAUUAAUUUGAACUAUGAGGAGACUUCUCAGUAUGUGAUUGUAAUUGAAGCAAAUGUGAAUGUCUCGACUGCUGCAGUCCAGUCUUCAGGCCUGUUUGCUCCAAAUGUGGCAAUGCUGACAAUCUCAGUGCAGGAUGUAAAUGAAGAGCCAGCAUUUUUGCAAAGCGUCUACUCUGCUCGGGUGCCAAACUCUGUGCCAUACAAGUACCCGGUUAUUACAGUUCAGGCCACAGAUCCAGACUCAGGAGACAAUGGACUUCUGCUGUACAGUUUAGUGAAUCAUCAAACAAAUGAAUUUGACAUCGAUGAAAAUACAGGGCAGGUUUUUACAGUUUCUGUAGCAGGAAAGGUUGGAACAUUUUAUCUGGAAGUCCAGGCUGCAGACCAAAGUGGAAAGGGACUCACAGCCCAGACAAAAGUCAAUGUAACUGUUGAUUCCAGCUCCAGUAAAAACAUUGUGGUACUUGUUCUUAAUCAGAAGAUCAAUGUUGUUGAAAAAAGCAUUGCUGAAGUAGAAAGAGUCAUAGAAGAUAUACUUGCAUGGAAUAUAUACAUUGUUGACGUUUAUUCCAAUGAGUUUGAAAGAAGAACAAGAGAAAGCACUGAUGUAACCUACAUAAAAAUCAUUGCUGUUGAUGAGGCAAACCAGGAAAUACCUGCAGAAGAUGUAAAAAGAAAACUUAGGGAGCAGAAGGCAAACAUUGAGCAGGAACUUCAGAAGAUAUUUUCAACAUCUGUUACCGCUGACAUAGAAGAGACUCCUGCUGACUCGACAACUCCUGAACUCAUUGCAACUAUUGUUCUCAGUGUUCUGUUAGCCUGUACCCUCAUAGCCUUCCUGGUAUAUGUGGUUAUUUCUAUAAAAAGGAAAAGAAUGUAUGAACAACAGUAUUCAGUUAAGAAGCUACAUGAAGUGGAGGGUAUUGAUAAUCCGAAUUUAGCUGACAAAAAUGGAAGUCUGAACAACCUAGCGAAACCAGAGGAUACAAAUGAAGUAAGAACUGAAACAAUAGCAUUUAGCAACCUGCAGGAUACCAAAGAAGGCAAUGCUGACAAAGACGUACUUCAGGCCAAUGAAAAGUGCAAUUACCUUGAGACACUAUUAGAUAUCAGCAGUGAACAAGAAAAAAAGGUAGCUUCUGAAAAUGCCGCUCUACCUAGAAAUGACUGCUCAAAUCAUGACUCAGCUCCUUCACUUACUCCUUCACUUACACCUGUCCCUGAGAAAGAAAUAAAAGGAGUAAAAUUUUCAGAAGCGGCAAUUAUUUUGGAUACAGAAUCUGAACUAGAUGAGUCCGAUGAUGAUAGCUUUCCUCAGUAACAGUGCUUGACAAAGAGAACUUUUAUGAAAGCCACAAAACCACUGUAACAAUACAAAAUUAGCUGUGUAAUAAU